UAUUCGUUAGCUGCUGUAUAAAGUUAUACGAGUGUUUUCGAACGAAACCGUUGUUACAACUUACAACUGAAGUCUGAACUUAAAAAAUAUAAAUAUGUCAGACUAUUCAACGACUAUAUUAAAAUAAUAUAAAAAAGUUUGUCGUGUUGUUGUAAAACAACUUUACUUAAUUUUUUGCCUUUUCGUUAUUGUAAACUCGGUUUCGUGUGAGCUGUGAACGAAAAGUGACGUCAAAAUAUAGAAAUAAUAGUGAAUAGUGGUACUAACAAAAUUUAACUCUAAUUCGAUAAUCUUUAAUCUAAUAAGGAAAAGUACUGUAUACAAGUGCCUUAAUCGAACAAGUUUUACAAGUUAAUAAGCGGGUAUGACCUUCUAAAUGAAGGAAUCAUAUUACCCUGACGAUAUUAUGCUCUGUUUCGUACAAGGUUUUGGUGAUCGGGAACCUGGAUAUGGCAAAGACGAUGAGGGUCCUGAAUGUGAUAGCACUAACAUUAACACUUUAAAGAAAAAACAAAAACGUAAAUACCUAACAGUGUCAAAAGCCUCGAGCACUGGACUGGGUGAGCAAAGUGACGUUGAAUUAAGAAGAACCGACUCAUUUGUAGCAGAUAAGUCGUUGAAAGAUACAUAUCUGAGGGGCUUACCAGAGGUAAAGAGAAGCUUCAGUGACAGAUUCUCAGUAAUUACCGAUGCUAGUGGUAGUAAGAUUCCAAAAAGCCUUUCGACCAUCAGAAAAACCUGGUCAACCGGGAACUUCGCGUCGGGCGCGGCGGGUGGCGGGUGCGGAGCGCCCCGCUCCGCGCCCGCCACCCCGCUGCAGCUCGAACCACACUCAAGAUCGAAACAUGAUAAACAUGCUGUGAAGCCGUUGUCGGGCUCGGCGCCGUCGGUGCGCGUGUCGGCGUUGGCUUCGGCGUCGGGGGAUGAGGCCAAGGAGAGUAAGCAGCCGAGUAAGUCCCGACAGAAGAAGUUCCAGAGACACUUCCCGCAGGUCGGGCCAGAAGAACGUGUGCUCAAUUAUUAUUCAUGCGCCCUGGUCGGAGAUCUGUUGCUUCAAGGACAUCUGUAUAUUACGAAGAACUAUUUCGCUUUCUAUUCAAACGUCUUUGGCUAUGUGACCAAGCUACUUAUUCCAACGACGUCCGUCCUUCGUAUAACUAAGGAGAAGGUGGCCCGUAUAAUACCGAAUGCGGUAGGAGUAUGCACGCGCGACGAGCGUCACGUCUUCGGCUCGUUGCUGUCGCGCGACUCCACCUACAAACUUAUGAUGCACGUUUGGAAGGCAAACAAAGUCGAUGAAUUAACUGUGCCCAAACCGGAAGAACUCCGAACAUCGGAAGUCGAAGCAUCAGAAUACUCCCCGGAAGACGACAGUAGUUCAGGAGGAGCAGACCACAUAGAUGCUCCUUCGGUACCUCUUAGACCUGAACCUGAAGCUAUUAUCGCUGCAGCUGCGGGCGCGGCCGUGAUCCAGCCCGCGCUGCUGACGGGCGCCGCGCCGCCGCGCCGCGCGCCGCGCUGCCACGCGCUGCUGCUCGCGCUCGCGCUGCUGCUCUGCUGCUCCGCGCUCUACUUCGCCUACUGCCUCUACGCCGCGAACGAUCCGCGCGAGGACGUGUCGGGCGACGAGCUGUACUCGGAGCUGGUGCGGUGGCGCGCGCGCCUGCACGGCCGCGCCGCCGCCGAGCUGCACGCCUUCCUCUCCACCAACCUGCUGCUGCUCGCCAAGGUGCGCCAGUCGCUGGAGGCGCUAUCGGGCGUGAUACUCACAGAUAUGUCGCAAGCGGCCGCCGACAUCAACGUGGACGUACCCAACGAGACCGUGUUCAGUUAGCGCGCUGGAACCCCGAGUGAAGUGGCGACGGUGAUAGAGGUCUGAGGAAGCAGAAUUGAAGUGUAAUCAAGGACCAGUGAUACGUUAAACUAGUGCAUUUUAAAUUCUUCGUGGACAUUCAGUGAUUAUGUUUGAAACGGUAUUCAUUUAACCCAAAUUAGUACCUGCUUUUAAACUGUUUGUAAUCGCAAAGGCUUUUAGUUCUACCGUUACGUAGUCCUCUUUUUGAAUACUGUGAUUAUUUGUUGAUUUAGAAUUUUAUAUUCUAUUAUGUUAAGUGUAAAGUUAAUUUUAUGUAUAUCCAAAGAAUUCUUGUUUAAAAUUGUGAUUUUGUAUAUAAGAGCAACGGCGAAACCAAUUAAAAAGCCUAUAAGGCGAUGCUAGGUCAUAUUGAAUGUGUCAAACACGAUAGGUUAAGGGUGAUCGGCCAAUAGAAUCGACGUUAGUAAAAACAAUCAUAUUGGCCCAGUUGUCAAUAUAAUACGUGGCGAUUCAUUACCUAUUUUUUUUAUCUUGGGAAUUUGGUUUAAAAUGUUGCUUGACUAGAUUUGUCUUUAUAUAAUAAAUAAAUAAAAAAUUAAAUACAUUAUUUAUGUAUAUAUUUUGUAAUGGCUUUUGUUAAUUUCAUUCAUCUAAAAUUAUUUAUGUAUAUGAAAUUUUAAACUAAGCAACAUUUUAACGUGAAACCAGACAGCAUUUAUAAUUGAAAUUACUUUACCAAAAGAUGGAGGUGCUAGGUACUAAAAACAUUCCUGAACAAAUUUAAUCAUACCUAUUUAUUCAACUUAACUAUUAUUAUUAAUUUUUUGGAAAUAUAGUUGAUAUAUGAAGGAUGAGAUGAUGAAAUUAACUUAAAAAUUUAUUUAGAUAUUCGAAAAAUAUAUAAAACAGGACAAUAAUGAGGAGGCUCUGAUUCUAACGCAUAAAAAGAAAUCGAAAUAAACGGUUUGCCAAAAAAUCAAAUAGUUCUUGCCAAUACGUAAUAACGAUUAGUUGUUUUUUUUUAUUGCAGAUAAACUGUAUGUAGUGCUGUUAUUAGUACAUUUAUUUUUAAAUAUUUAAUUAAGGUUAAAGCUGGCGUUUUAGCAUUCACUUAGUCUUGUCUUGCUCGUUUUUUGAUUGCAUCCUAUAAUUAUUAUAUGACAAAUUUAGUAAAUAGAUAAAUAAUAUAUUUUUCUUUAUUUUCCAAUUAAAUUGAGUUUAUUGUGGUAAUUAAUUUUAAUUUUCCAAGUAAAUAAUAACGGUAAAAUUUAUAUUAAUCAAUGCAAUCGAAAUUCGUGGCCCGGUGCAGUUUUAUAGUGUAUUAUUUAUUCUAGUCUCUAGUAACGCUCAACUUAUACGUUUUUGGUACUAUGAUAUAUGUACUUAUAUUCAUUGUAGAAACCGCUUCUAAUAAUGAGUAUGUACGAACAACGGAUGUUAUUAUUGUGAAAAUUUGCAUGAAUGAUUUAUAUAAUAAUAAUCGUAUCUUUGAUUGUACGUUAAUCACUGUUUUGAUCAAAUCUAGAUGAAUCCAAAGCAUAAAAACGAUAUCUCUGUUUAUUUAUUAAUAAAAUUAUUUUGUUUUUUAUUUUUUUAUGGAUUCAAAUUAAAUAAUAUUUUAAAUUAUAAAAUUGAUUAUCUCUAAAUAUAAAACACAUUUUAAACCGAUUCUAUGAAAGAACAUUUUAAUUCAUACACUUGUGUUUCUAUUCAUGUUACCAGCGGUGCCAAAGGAUUUGUCACUUCAUAUCUUUGACGCAUCGGACGUAUUUAUAAUAUAGAUCUAGUGCAAUGAAAUUAUCUCUAAACCAUACGAUGCUAUAAAAACAAACUAAAGAAAUAGCAUUAAUACGUAAUAAUUUUUAAUCUGUGUUUUUUUUUAUUUAUAUAUAUAAUCACAAUAAUAAAAAAGAGCUGCAAGAACUUUAUAAUAAAAGUGUUGUUCGUUUAUGUAUCCAUAUAUAAACAAUAUUAGCUUUUUCAAUGUAAGUCAGAAAUAUUUUUGCCAAAGACAAUGCUAGAUUAGGGAAGGUAUCACGUAGUUAGGUUAGUUUGUACAAUAUGCAGUGUUAGAUAGGAUUAUUUGGAAUUCAUAUUUUCGGCUUAAUGAAAAUGUUACUUUCAUCUAUAUUCAUAAUUAUAAUCAUUUACUGUUUCGUAAAUUAUUAUACUUAUGAAUGAUUACAAAGUAUUGUAAUUUUAAUGCUUUGGAUAAGGAUUUUAUCUAUCCGUCUGUCUAAUAAUUAUCUGUUAAAAUGUUUAAUGUAUAAAUUUAUGAAAUGCAAACUAAUGAGAAACUCGGUGACGUGAAUAUGAAAAUUUUAUUCUUGAACUGUUUUAUAGUCUUUAAAUGAUUAAUUUUGGCAUUGUUGAGUUUAAUUAGUUUUUAUUUUUUUAUUUAUUUAAUAAUAUUUUAGACAGACGGUUGUUUAGUGCAAUCUAAUUGAAUUGGUGAUUAAUGUUUUUUUCUAGAAAUUGUUAAGGUUUUUGUUAUGCGGUCAUUUUGUAUAUAUGAUUGGAAUUUGUUUGUUAAUUUAUGUAAAUAAUAGAUAAAGGACUUUAUUGAA